AGAAAAUCGGCGGAGGCCAUAUAAAUACCUGAAAGGGUUAGCUCCACACCGCAGAGAGCAGCAUGAGGGCUUCGACGACGAUUUCGUUCUGCGUGAUUCUUACGCUUGCGUCGUUUUACGAUGGAGUAAACGGGCAUUUCGGUGGCGGUGGACGUCACGGUGGUGGACACCGUGGCGGUGGUCGCCAUGGCGGUGGACACCACGGCGGUGGACAUCAUCAUGGUGGCUUCGGAGGACAUGGCCAUCAUGGUGGUGGAGGACAUCAUCAUGGAGGACAUGGCCAUCAUGGUGGUGGUGGACAUGGUGAUGGUGGACAAUCAAAGAAUUUCUUCAGCGCGUUCAUAGGAUUCCUGAGCAAAUUCCCCAUGUUUGCCAACAUCAACACACAAAGCAGAUCGGAAGCAAUCAACCUUAUUAUCUCCAUCUUCAAGCAACAACCGAGCAUAAUGAAAGACAUCUUCGUAUACCUUCAAGGUACCGACGUCAGCACACGAGACAACAUCCUCGCGAUCUUCAAAGAUUUACUCAGAGGUUCCGGUCUGGACAUCUCCGUGCUGGUUAACGGCGGAAGUGCGCCAUCGAACAAGGUACAAUUCGAUCUAGCCUCACUAUUCCCAGGCAAUCCGAAGACGCAGGCCCAAAUCCAAAUUUACCUCGACGGUCUGUCGCAAGACGAGCAGAAAAAGAUCUCCGUUAGCCUUGCAAAUCUGAAACCAGACGCGCAGAUUGAGUACCUUCUGCAGCUGAGCGGUGCCAACAGCGGCCAGGGCGGACAGGUUGUGAUCAAUGGCGGAGGUGGCAACCAAGGAAGCACCAACAUCAUCAACAUUCAAAAGCUCUUCCCCACGGAACCUCAAUUGCAAUCCGAAAUUCAGGUCUUCCUCAACGGCCUUGACCAGCAAACCAGAAGCUUGAUACUCUCCAACCUUGGCCAGCUGGAUAUCAACACCCAGAUCCAAGUCUUCAGGCAAUUGAUCGAAUUGAGCCAAACUCCCGGAGCCAUCACGAUCACCAUCAACGGCGUGCCAAUCACGAUCAAUAACAAGCCACAAAUUUCGGUGGUUGGUGGAGGUGGCAGGCCCGGUACCCCCAGCAUCCCGAGCGGUCCCAACGGCGGCAAGAAGCCAGAAAUUUCGAUCAUUGGUGGAGGUGGGAACAAUGGUGGUGGCUACGUCCCGAGCGGUCCCAACGGUGGCCAGAAGCCAGAAAUUUCGAUCAUUGGUGGAGGUGGGAACAAUGGUGGCGGAUACAUCCCAUUCGGUCCCAACGGCGGUCAGAAGCCAGAAAUUUCCAUCAUUGGUGGAGGUGGAAACAAUGGUGGUGGCUACGUCCCGAGCGGUCCCAAUGGCGGCCAGAAGCCAGAAAUUUCGAUCAUUGGUGGAGGUGGCAACCACGGUACCACCAACAUCAUCAACCUUCAAAAGCUCUUCCCUACGGAACCCCAAAUGCAAUCCGAAAUCCAAGUCUUCCUCAACGGCCUGGACCAACAAACCCAAAACUUGAUCUUCUCCAACCUUGGCCAGUUGGAUAUGAACACUCAGAUCCAAAUUUUCAGGCAAUUGAUCGAGUUGAGCCAUACUCCCGGAAUCAUCACGAUUACCAUCAACGGCGUGCCAAUCAAGAUCGAUAAUAGUGGGCACAUUUCGAUGAAUGGCGGCGGUGGCGGCCACGUUACUGCCAACAUCAUCAACCUUCAUAAGCUCUUCCCCGCGGACCCAGAGAUGCAAUCUCAAAUUCAAGUCUUCCUCAACGGCUUGGACCAAGAAACCCAAAAUUUGAUCUACUCCAACAUCGGUCAGUUGGAUAUCAACUCUCAGAUCCAAAUUUUCAGGCAACUGAUCGAGUUGAGCCACACUCCUGGAAUCAUCACGAUCACGAUCAAUGGCGUGCCAAUCAAGAUCACUAAUAUGUAAUAACCCCACAUUUUCUAAGGGUGUAGGUGACUUUUUAAGGGUGAAUUAUAUAUUGUAACAAUAAUAUGUUUUGGCAUUUGUUAA